CCCGCAGGGUCUCCCGAGACGGGGCGAAGACACAGGCGCUUCCCUUCAAUCCCAGCGCGGGACCCGGGAGAAGCCCCUGCCCGGACGCGGCCGCGGCCCACACCGCCUCCAAGGCCCUCCUUCCCCAGAAGUCCCGGUCCGGCCGCAGACUGGCUCGGAGCACGGCUGACCGCGGCUACCGCACCGCUUCGUUCUACAGGGAAACCCGUUUCGUGCAAAAUCGCGCCCGAGGCGCCAGGGCAGCCAAGCGGGGAGGGAAACUGUGAUUUGUUUGUUGUGGAGUGAAACGAAGACAGACGUUCCUGUUGGGCAGGACGCGGGCACCCCGCAAUGAUGCGGCCACUCGUCGGAGAUUUUAACACCAAGAAAGCUGCUUCCUCCGCAGCUGUGUCAUAACAAAUGCUUGUUCCCAGGUCUUCCCGUGGAACCUGGGGGAUAGCCCACGUGUAGACAUUUUGGCGACGGCCCUGAAGGCCCCGAGGAAGAUCACUUAAUGGCUAUUUUGGGAAGGGAUCAUAAACGGGUUGCGGCCAGUGAGCUCUAUGAAGGCUGGUCCAUCACCUCCCUCGCUGCCGGACACGGGGGUCAGUAUUGUUGACGCCUCCAGUGAUCUCCCGUUUUCAAAGCUUCCGGGUUAACACCAGUCAGGAUGAAUUUUGCACUUACUCCGGCCCGAUGAGGCCCCAGGCUCGAACACUGCCAUAUGCUCAGACAUUCAUGCUGCCUCCCAGGCAGGCCACUGGAUGGAAGGUGCUACUGAGUUUCGACUUCUAUCUUUCCCCGUCUCAGGAUCCAGGGAUGAGCGUGAAGAGAAAGAACUGUUGAAGAGUCCAAAGCAAAAAGAGAUGGCGCGUGAGGAAGUGUCUCUCGAGGGGUGGUCACCAUCCAGCUGGCCACCGGGUGCCGGUCACAGAACCACCUGCUCAGAGCUCUGCUGGAACUCUGGGCAGAGCCCAGUCAAGCCUUGGUUCAAGGACACUACAACCCGCAGAUCACCCUUCUCCUGCUCAGACUGUGGCCGCAGCUUCAGCUACCCCUCCCACCUGGCCACCCACAGGUGGGUCCACUCCGGGGAGCGGCCCUUCCCCUGUGACCAGUGCCAGGCCUGUUUCUCCCAGCGCAAGUACCUGCUCCAGCAUCAGCUCAUCCACACUGGGGAAAAGCCUUACUCCUGCCCUGAUUGUGGGCGACGUUUCCGCCAGAGGGGCUCCCUGGCCAUCCACAGACGGGCUCACACCGGGGAGAAGCCCUUCCCAUGCCCAAACUGCAAAAGUCGCUUCACUUACCCCUACCUGCUGGCCAUCCACCAGCGCACACACACAGGCGAGAAGCCCUACAGCUGUCCGAGCUGCAGCCUCCGUUUCGCCUACAGCUCCCUGCUGGCCAUCCACAGGCGCACGCAUACAGGCAAGAAGCCCUACCCCUGUCCAGACUGUGGCCGCCAGUUCACCUACUCCUCUCUCCUCCUCAGUCACCAGCACAUUCACUCCGACAACCGGCCCUUCCCCUGCCCACAGUGUGGAAAGGGCUUUAAGCGCAAGUAUGCCUUGGAAGCCCACCAGCAGAUCCAUCGCUCUGGCAAGAGGCCGAGGUGGCAGCGGCCUGCGGUAGGGCUCUCGGAGCCAGUCCUUGUUUUGGGAGGCCAGGAUCCCCCAGUUCAUUUCCGGUGCUUUCCAGAUAUAUUUCAAGAAUGUGGGUGAUGGAGCUCGCAAGAGAUGACCUGUUUUCUUUGGAAGGGAAAAGGCAAAGUUGAUGUAUUUGGGGGGAUAAGGAAUGGAUGGAAAGGAAGUAAGCAUUUAAGGAAGACAAAGCUCUGAGUUAAGGGAGAACAGAGCUGGUCCUUCGGGAGGAGGAGGGAAUCUGAAAGGUCACCUGAAGGCUGAACCCAUCUUCUGAGGCUCUCGCUCCCAAUCCAAGUCCCACUUGAUGUUUCUUCGCAGGAAAUCAUUCACCUACCUGGCUUUUCUCCCUGGACUGCUCUCUCCCUCAGAGGAUUCUGCUUUCUGGUCUGUCUCUCCUGUUCCUCAGAGAUGGGGCCCCU